GAAAAACGCUUUAGGCCCGGGAUAGUCGCACUCCGAGAAAUCCGGAAAUACCAGAAGAGCACUGAGCUACUCAUCCGCAAACUGCCCUUCUCUCGCGUCGUACGCGAGAUUGCGUUGGACAUGAUGACGGACAUGGUGGAUUAUAGUGACGCUGGUCUACGAUGGCAAAGCUCCGCCAUCCUAGCAUUGCAAGAAGCUACAGAGGCGUAUCUUGUGCAUUUAUUCGAGGAUGCGAACCUCUGUGCAAUCCACGCAAAACGAGUGACGCUCAUGCAGAAAGACAUCCAAUUAGCCCGGCGCAUACGUGGGUCAUACGGUGGUAUGGCAUGA